CGCUUCUUUCCUUUCCUUCUCCUCGAAUUUGACUAGUUACUUCCUUCCAUUUUCUACAAAUUCCAGAACCUCUUACUAAUAUGAUUCAUUAUUCGUAAUCUAAUCAUAUUUAAGCUCUUCUUUUAUCGUUUAAAAUUCUGCACCACACCACGAAAUAACAAGAGAUUUUUAACGCUGUAUUUGGACAAAUUCUAGGUUGUUGAAAUAGUCAGCAGUUAGUGAUUCUCCUUAAACUCAAACCACAUAAACUCUCUCUCUGGGUUGACCACUGACCCCGACUUUGAACAAGAAUAGUCACUCGCUUUCUUCAGUCAAAUUUUCCCCUUUUCUUCAACAACUGAAAAAUGCCUCUCGUAUAGUAUACUCUCUAAUAUAUACCCAUUAACUUCAGCGGAAUGCUUCUUCAUUCCACCAGCUUACACUUCCAAGCUCCUACUAUUGUCUAAACUCGAAACAGUCAAUUUGAUCACAACCCUGAAGAUAUUUCUUUUUCUUUUCUUUUUUCUUCCGCUCUUCAUUUCUAAUAUUUGAUUUUCAUCUGAAUAAUUAAACUGGCAAAGAGAGACGAUAUUUCUAGUACCAGGUGCUGCUUACUCCCAGACACAUUGUGUAUGGUUUCACAAACAAAGACCAAGACAACUCAACUGGAGACCUUUGAGCUGCUUCUCUUCCAUGUUCAUUUCCUCCCAAUUGCACAAGUUCAGGCAUCAAAUACUGGCUGGCGAGCCUAUCUAGUAGCACUCGAUAUUCAUUAAGCUCUCCAGUGUGCCCAGGACAUUGCUGCUGCUGCUGCUAGAACACUACUGAAUUGCCAAUGGAGAAUUCAGCAGAUAGGGAGGGAAUUAAUCUGAUUAAUGAGCUGACACAAGGAAGGGAAUUGGCUAGGCAGCUCCAGAUUCACAUCAAUGCACCAUCCUCUACACAUGAAAGUCGUGAAUUGUUAGUUCACAAGAUCUUGAAGUCCUACGAGAAAGCGUUGAACUUGGUUAAAAGUAACGCCCCUGCGGGAAUGGGAGAAACACAACAACAACAGACAGGGGCAACAAUGGCUGUGUCAGAAAAUCGUUCCCACCCUAGUACGGGGAUCACUUUUGGAAUGUCUGAAUCCCCGACAUCCCUUAGUGGAAGUCCACGCAGUGAAGAUUCAGAUCGAGAAUACAGGGAUCAGGAUCCUGGAUAUGCCUCCAGGAAGAGGAAGACUAUGCCUCGAUGGACAAAACACAUUCAAGUUAGUCCUGGAAUGGGACUAGAAGGCCCUCUGGACGAUGGCUUUAGUUGGAGGAAGUAUGGGCAGAAAGACAUUCUUGGAGCCAAAUAUCCAAGAGGAUACUAUAGAUGCACUUACCGACAUGUCCAAGGAUGUCUGGCAACAAAGCAAGUUCAGAGAUCCGAUGAGGACCCAACCAUCUUGGAAGUGACAUACCGGGGGAGGCACACAUGUAAUCAGGGUUCUGAGUCAAACCAACCUUCAGUAUUAGCUGAAAAGCCUGAAUCAAGUUCACAGGCCAAUAUCCAUCAACAAGUCUCUAAAUCGCAACAAAAUCAACAGGAAAUACUUUUGAAUUUUCAAAGAGAUCUGAAGGUUGAAACCAAAGAAUUGGAAACCAACAGUCCACUGUUUCCCACAUUUAACUUCCCUCCAGCAUCAGAUGAAAGACCAGAUAGUUACACUUUCUGCCCAAAUGAAACACACGACAAUUUCUCUGGGGAAUUGUCUCGCAUAUUCAUGCCUGCAGCAACAUCUAGAUCAAAUGAUUUCUCAGUCUCACCCACUCACAUAAGUGGCUUUGCAGGAAUACAGAAUUCAUACACACUGGAAACUGAAUAUCCAGAUCUAAUAUCAGCUGCGACUUCCACCACAAACUCUCCAACUAUUGGUGUAGAUUUUCCAUUCAGGCAAAUGGAAUUUGAUCCUAACUUCACAUUUGAUAAUACAGGAUUCUUUUCCUGAAUGUGAGCAGUUUUUCCCCAUGAAACUAUCAAAUCACAGCAUAAGACUAACCUAGUACUGCAGGGUAAUGGGUUACAAAACGGUAGCCUUGUGGAAACCUCUGGAUUCUGCCCUGGUCUUACCGUAUAUCUAGAUAAAGAUGGUAGUAAUAUGGUAGUGGAUGUGAACAGUUUUGUAGUAAUUCAAAACUCAAGCUAUCUAUUCUGUCUGUAAUCUGAUCUUAUCUUGCGGAAAUUAAUAGAAUUGUAACGAGUUUGUAUCUCAUGAGACUUAUACAGUGCUCUUGUUUACACUAUCAUCUGCCAAAAACUUCUUGCUGCCAUUUUACUACUCCAAAUCAAAGUUUCUCAGUUCAGACGUUGAGAUUGUUCCCAGCAAAAUCCUUAUUGGUUAUUAAUCAAACUAGAGCUAGUCAAUUUUGAAUUUUCCACACGCUUUAGCAACUAAUAGAACCAAACACGUCUGAUAAUUUUGCCAAAAAAGGGAUGUAAAAUUCUAUAUACAGAAAAUGUUUAGUGUUAUGGGAUGCAUAUAUUGAAUUGAACGGCACAAUGCAAAAGGAACAAAAACCAGACACGAAUCAGCUGUACAGGUCCAACAACACCAAUCACGCUGGUAAGGGAAGACUAUUAGAAUGGCAUUGAAAUAAAGCAAAAUCAAAUUGGUGCGGCACGAAAAGUAGUAUAGUUUGAAACUUAACCGGAAGUCAAUGGAGAGAGUGAGGUGUCGCUGUAAUGCUAUUCAUCUGAAACACGUCCAUCCACCGGCUGAGCUCCGUCCGUCUCUCCGGCCAUCUGUUCAAACUUCCAAGUUCAUUAAAGCCAUGGAGAAUGCAAACUUUUUUGAUUUGAGGAUUGUUGUGGGCUUGUAAAACGGGCAUGACUGCAGAGCCCAUCAUUUAGGUCAAAUGCCACAAAAGCUUUAUGGGCUUUGUAAUUAUUUCCGAACUUACACAUCAGGCCUUCGGUGAAUGUUAGCCUGCAUGUCUCUAAAAUGCAAGGCCGUCAAGCGAAACUAGCUGAUUUUUCCAUUUUUUGUCCUGUUUCCUCCGUGUAUAUAUAUUGUAGGGUAUUUAUUGUUGGAAAUCGUGACAGAUUCCCCUGUUCAUGGUAAACACCUCGAUAAAUGAGAGACAUAGUCAAAGGAUUUAAAGUUACUGAAUGUCUAUAACGAAAUUUGAACCCUCGACCUAUGAUCAAGGGUACAAAACUCUGAAUUUCCCCCACUUUAAUUACUCG